UCCGCGGAACAGGUUGAAGCAGCCAAAUCCCUGGUUAGAAAGUUGAUGGUACCGUUCAGUCCAAAACAAAUUUCCAAUCCCGUGCUUCAAAGACACUAUGCAGCGAUCGAGGCGCUUGCACUGAAUCGAGAAGCUAUCGAAGACGUUCCAGAUCAUACUAUACCAAACACGGCAGCCAUCAAACGACGCGCAGCUAAAGAGAUCGAUGCAUUCAAAGAAGCGUGCAAGUUGAACGAAUUGACCGCGGAAAAGAAAUGUCGCCUUGACACAACCGAGUCCGGUCGAGGCCGUGAUGCACAAAUCACUUCAACACAAUUCAAUCUAACGGAGGAUGAACUACGUAAAGUGGUGGACGAGAAUAAACUGUCCAAAUUGACUGUUCCACAACUGCGACAAGCUUUGCAUCUGCUUCACUGUACUCCGUCGGGCACGAAGAAAGCAGACUUGAUGGAUCAGAUUAAAAAAUACUUCUCGAUGUGA